AAUAACCAGUGAAAGUCUCUAAUCUCCCCUUCGAUAACUUGCCGGUAUUAUAUAAGCAAAUUUUGCCCAUUUUCUUCUUAUAGUCGAGAAGUGCAAGAUGAAGCUCAAAAUACUUAUAUCCUCCUUCCUCCUCGUGGGUAUCUCCCAAGCAGCUCUUCUAGGAAGACAAGGAAUCCUAGCACAAACUGCUAAUAAACUUGGCCUCGGCAACAUCAUUAGCGUCAACGCUGACGCCGAAGCUAACCUUUUAGGAAACAAAGUAGGAGUUGAUGGUGCAGUUGGCAUUGGUGGCCAAGGAAUUGGGGCCCACCUCUCAGGAGAUGCUGAUGUUUUGGGACAGAAGGUUAAUGUCCAUGGUGAUGUGCUUGACGGACACGCUAUUGACCAACACAACCACGAAGUCUUUAGAGACAACAGAGGCCGUCAAUACACCCUUCAACGUCAGUACAUCGGUUCCAACUCCGUCUUGGUCAGAAAAUACUUGGACAAUGGACAAAUUUACGUCGAUGGUGCAGACCAAGAUAAUGUAUUGCAACAUUCUCAGUCCGGUAGGGUUGUAAUUAGCGGAAACAGUGGCUCCAAUGGUGGAUAUAUGCAACAAGGAGGACUCCUUAUUAAUCGAGUACCAAAUAUAAAUGUUAUUGCUACAUCUAGAGAUAGGGACGCAACAGUUCGUAUACCACUUACAGGUCAUUUACCAAAUGGUAUUGUAGAACUAGAUCCCGGUUUCUCUGGACCAUGGGGAAAUAUGAAACUAGAUCCCGGUUUCGCAGGUCCAUGGAGAAAUAUGCUUUUGAAUAUUAAGAGAGUAUCACCUCUAGAGUGGCAAGAAUGGCUGCUUGAACAAAAACAAAGGAACAGAAACCUUGAUUUAACUCUUAUUGAACAAUGGAUUAAUCAACAACAUUUAUUAUUGAAGGUAGACACUGCAGUUAUAGAAGGAUGGAUCAUGCAGCAACAAAAAUCUAACCCUAACUUCUUGUAUAACUGGAUCAUUAAUCACCAGGUUCCUAAUCUUUUAGGCAACAUGAGGCUGCCAGGUUAUAUUCCAGACAUGAGAACUUGGGACGGAAAAAUGAGACUACCAACAGAGCAAAAAGUAACACCACAAGUUUGGCAACAGUGGGUAAUUCAGCAAAAGCAAACGAACAACGUUGAUUUAUCUGCUAUCGAAAACUGGAUCCAGCAGCAACAAAAGACAUUGAAUCUGAAUGCUGACUCUUUGGAGGGUUGGAUUAUGCAGCAACAACAGUCAAAUCCUAGCUUUUUAUACAACUGGACAGUCAAGAAACAGGUUCCUAACCUAUCAGUUGACUUUGGUAAAAAUAUUCUAGAUCAGCUUAAGAAUGGCGCUGAUAAGACAGUUGAAGUUGUUAAUGGUGUUUUGAGACUUCCAACAUCCACAAAUACAGACUCAGUUAUUCCAGUUGAUGAGAAUGGUAACAUUGUUCUAGGCGGCCGUCCAAGAGACAGUUCUGUAGUGCUCGAUUUUGGUAAAAAUGUCUUAGAUCAAGUAAAGAAUGGUGAUGAUAAAACCGUCGAAGUUAUCAACGAUGUUUUAACACGCCCAACAUCCAGAGAUAGAGACGCAUCUGUAGUCCUUGGAGGUAAUGACCGACCUGUUCUUGUUGACCGUCCAACAUUUGACCUUCCAACAUCCAGAGACAGAGAUGCAACUGUUGUUAUUGGAGGUAAUGACAGACCUAUUCUUGAUCUCCCAACUUCCAGAGACAGAGACGCAACUGUUGUUAUUGGAGGUAAUGACAGACCACUUCUUGACCGUCCAACAUCCAGAGAUAGAGAUGCAACUGUAGUCCUAGGAGGUAAUGAAAGACCUGUUGUUCUUGACCGUCCAACAUUUGACCUCCCAACGUCAAGAGACAGAGAUGCAACCGUAGUUAUUGGAGGUAAUGACAGACCUCUUCUUGACCGUCCAACAUCCAGAGAUAGAGAUGCAACUGUAGUCCUAGGAGGUAAUGACAGACCUGUUGUUCUUGACCGUCCAACAUUUGACCUCCCAACGUCAAGAGACAGAGAUGCAACCGUAGUUGUCGGAGGUAAUGACAGACCUCUUCUUGACCUUCCAACAUCCAGAGACAGAGAUGCAACCGUAGUUGCCAGAGGUAAUGACAGACCUGUUGUUCUUGAACGUCCAACAUUUGACCUCCCAACGUCAAGAGACAGAGAUGCAACCGUAGUUAUUGGAGGUAAUGACAGACCUCUUCUUGACCUUCCAACAUCCAGAGACAGAGAUGCAACCGUAGUUGUUGGAGGUAAUGACAGACCUGUUGUUCUUGAACGUCCAACAUUUGACCUCCCAACAUCCAGAGACAGAGAUGCAACUGUAGUUAUUGGAGGUAAUGACAGACCUCUUCUUGACCGUCCAACAUCCAGAGAUAGAGAUGCAACUGUAGUCCUAGGAGGUAAUGACAGACCUGUUGUUCUUGACCGUCCAACAUUUGACCUCCCAACGUCAAGAGACAGAGAUGCAACCGUAGUUGUCGGAGGUAAUGACAGACCUCUUCUUGACCUUCCAACAUCCAGAGAUAGAGACGCAACCGUUGUCAUUGGAGGUAAUGAUAGACCCCUUCUUGACCGUCCAACAUCCAGAGAUAGAGACGCAACUGUAGUCCUUGGAGGUAAUGACAGACCUGUUGUUCUUGACCGUCCAACAUUUGACCUCCCAACAUCCAGAGACAGAGAUGCAACCGUAGUUGUCGGAGGCAAUGACAGACCUCUUCUUGAUCUUCCAACAUCCAGAGAUAGAGAUGCAACUGUAGUUAUUGGAGGUAAUGACAGACCUCUUCUUGACCGUCCAACAUCCAGAGAUAGAGAUGCAACUGUAGUCCUAGGAGGUAAUGACAGACCUGUUGUUCUUGACCGUCCAACAUUUGACCUCCCAACGUCAAGAGACAGAGAUGCAACCGUAGUUGUCGGAGGUAAUGACAGACCUCUUCUUGACCUUCCAACAUCCAGAGAUAGAGACGCAACCGUUGUCAUUGGAGGUAAUGAUAGACCCCUUCUUGACCGUCCAACAUCCAGAGAUAGAGACGCAACUGUAGUCCUUGGAGGUAAUGACAGACCUGUUCUUGACCGUCCAACAUCCAGAGAUAGAGAUGCAACUGUAGUCCUUGGAGGUAAUGACAGACCUGUUCUUGACCGUCCAACAUCCAGAGAUAGAGAUGCAACUGUAGUCCUUGGAGGUAAUGACAGACCUGUUGUUCUUGACCGUCCAACAUUUGACCUUCCAACAUCCAGAGAUAGAGACGCAACCGUUGUCAUUGGAGGUAAUGAUAGACCCCUUCUUGACCGUCCAACAUCCAGAGAUAGAGACGCAACUGUAGUCCUUGGAGGUAAUGACAGACCUGUUCUUGACCGUCCAACAUCCAGAGAUAGAGAUGCAACUGUAGUCCUUGGAGGUAAUGACAGACCUGUUGUUCUUGACCGUCCAACAUUUGACCUCCCAACAUCCAGAGACAGAGAUGCAACCGUAGUUGUCGGAGGCAAUGACAGACCUCUUCUUGAUCUUCCAACAUCCAGAGAUAGAGACGCAACUGUAGUCCUUGGAGGUAAUGACACACCUGUUCUUGACCGUCCAACAUCCAGAGAUAGAGAUGCAACUGUAGUCCUUGGAGGUAAUGACAGACCUGUUGUUCUUGACCGUCCAACAUUUGACCUCCCAACAUCCAGAGACAGAGAUGCAACUGUUGUUAUUGGAGGUAAUGAUAGACCUCUUCUUGAUCUUCCAACAUCCAGAGAUAGAGAUGCAACUGUAGUCCUUGGAGGUAAUGACAGACCUGUUGUUCUUGACCGUCCAACAUUUGACCUACCAACAUCCAGAGAUAGAGACGCAACUGUUGUAAUUAGUGGUAAUGACAGACCUCUUUUUGAGCGCCCCACAUCCAGAGAUAGAGAUGCUUCUGUUGUCCUAGAUUUAGGUAAAAAUGUUUUAAAUAACAUUAAAAAUGGUGCUGACAAAACUGUCCAGGUUGUUGAUAACGUUUUAAACCAUGCAACCUCCAGAGACAGAGAUUCUUCUGUAGUAAUUGAACUUCCUGUAUCAAAGGAUAGAGAUUCUUCAGUUAUUCUUAACGGUCGCACGCUACCAACCACCAACAUUGAAAUAGAUCCUGGAUUCGCUGGCCCAUUGAGAAAUAUAUUGAGCAUCAAGAAAGUACAGCCGGUAGAUUGGCAAAAAUGGUUGAUUCAACAAAAACAAAAGAACAACAUUGAUAUAACUGUUAUUGAAAACUGGAUCAAUAACCAACAUGAAGUAUUAAAACUAGACCAAAGUAUUAUAGAGGCAUGGAUAAUGCAACAACAAAACUCAAAUCCAAGCUUUUUGUACAACUGGAUGAUUAGGAAACAGAUACCCAAUAUGUUAAACGAAAACGGACCAAUGGUAGAAUCACCUUUGAAUGGAAAAGGACCAAUGAUGGAACCAACUGGGAAAUUAAAUGUAGAAAAAGCAACUCCAGAAGUUUGGCAACGAUGGGUAAUACAACAAAAACAACAGAACAACGUUGAUUUAAAUGUUAUCGAAAACUGGAUCAACCAGCAACACCAGGUAUUAAAACAAGAUGUAGGAGACUUGGAAGGAUGGAUCAUCCAGCAACAAAGGAUGAAUCCUAGCUUUUUGUACAAUUGGAUAAUCAGGAAAGAGGUUCCUCAAAUUUCCUCCCAAUGGUUUGUCCAAAGUAAAGAAGUUGAAGAACCUGAAGUUUCACAACUAUACGUAAAUGGACAAAUGGUUGAAAGCGUAGAACCAAGUGUUUGGCAGCAAUGGUUAAUUGCACAAAAACAAAAAUAUAACAUCGAUAUAAGCGUUAUAGAAAACUGGAUAAAUCAACAACACCAACAAAUGAAGUUGGAUGUUGGAUACUUGGAAGGGUGGAUCAUGCAACAACAAAACGCCAAUGCUAACUUCUUGGUCAACUGGAUCAUCAAAAGACAAGUUCCCAGUUUUUCAUACCAAUGGAAAAUGGUACGCAUGGUUUCACAACCACAAAAUAGCGGCACUUUCCACGUUUGGAUCAACAAUAGAAGCGUAGAGAAAGUUUCCCCUGAGGUUUGGAAACAAUGGGUCAGUGAACAACAAAGGAACGGCAUGGAUAUGAGUCUUGUAGAGAGAAACAUCAACCAAUGGCACGAAUCACUGAAGGUAGAUCUUGCAUAUUUGGAAGCAUGGGUAAUGCAAGAACAACAAGCUGACUCCAAAUUUUUGUAUAGAUGGACAGUCGAGAGAAAAAUCCCCGCUAUCUCUUACAAGUGGAAGAUGGAAAGUCAGAGAGUACAACCUGUAGUCACAAGCAGCUCUUCACAUACCUACACCUGGAAAGUACAAAAGCAAACACAACAGUAGGAAAUUAAAUAACAUCUUAUAUAUGAUUUAGUCAUAGUCACUUUGAAAUUGACAAGUCGAUUAUGUUUUCUUCCUAAUGCUUUGUUGUAAAACUUUAAUUAAUUUGUAUACUAAAAUAAAAUUAUAAAAAAAAUUA